CCCUCCCACUGAACUGCAGGACCAAGCGGAGCGGGCAAGCCUAGGCUGGCGACGCUGCCCGCUCCCGGGCUUGCAAGGGCCGCGGGCGCGGGGCUCGGGGCUCCAGAAGCCGCCGAUGGGAAGCAGCAAUCGAAAGGGCGAGAGACGCCGCCGCGGCCAUCCAUACCACCGCGGUUACCAUGGGGAAUAAGCAGACCAUCUUCACAGAAGAGCAGCUGGACAACUACCAGGACUGCACUUUCUUCAAUAAGAAGGACAUCCUCAAGCUUCAUGCACGGUUCUAUGAGCUGGCUCCCAACCUCGUCCCGAUGGACUACAGGAAGAGCCCCAUCGUCCACGUGCCCAUGAGCCUCAUCAUUCAGAUGCCGGAGCUCCGGGAGAAUCCUUUCAAGGAGAGGAUUGUGGAGGCUUUCUCUGAGGACGGUGAGGGGAACCUCACCUUCAAUGACUUUGUGGACAUGUUCUCUGUGCUCUGUGAGUCGGCGCCUCGGGAGCUCAAGGCGAACUAUGCCUUCAAGAUCUAUGACUUCAACACUGACAAUUUCAUCUGUAAAGAAGACUUAGAGCUGACACUGGCCAGACUUACUAAGUCAGAGCUGGAUGAAGAUGAGGUAGUGCUUGUGUGUGACAAAGUCAUUGAAGAAGCUGACCUGGACGGUGAUGGCAAGCUAGGCUUUGCCGACUUUGAGGACAUGAUCGCCAAGGCCCCUGACUUUCUCAGCACUUUCCACAUCCGAAUCUGAGGACACUGCCAAGGCUGUGGGGCCCCGGACUCCGUCCUCUGGCCUGCUGUCUACGCAGGUAUGGUUUUCAAGUGCUCCAGGGAAGGAGCUGUGGCCUUUGGGGUUCUCACCCGUGGACAUUUCCUGUGGCCCUUUCAGCAAAAAAUAAUCAAUUAAUAAAUUAAAAAUAAAAAUGAAUAGAAAACCUAACUGCAAUGGGGUUGUGAAGAGCAGGACCCUUCUCCAGGCCUCCAGUGUCUACCCUCAAGACCUGCAUUUCCCCUGCAGGCCCUCUCACCCACCCCCUUGCCCAGUUCUUUUCUCACCUGGGAGGGGAAGGUAGAAAAACCUUGCAGGAGAGGUAAGGCUGAAUUAUCUGUGUGCUGGGCAGGCACUCCAGUCACCCAGGGGUAAGUGCAAAAACCAAACAAACAAAGAAACAAAGGAAACAGAGCCUGGGGUUCUAUGCAAUCUUUUACCAAAGCCAAGGCUGGGCUGUACCCACCUCCAACCCCAUGCUUUCCCAAUGUGAAGUUGUAUACGAAGUUAGGUCCAAAGGGCUCUGCCCCCAUGUCACGAACACUACUCCACCCCACCCCACCCCAUCCCCGAUGACGUGGUAUCACUGAUGUGUGCUGACCUCAGAUUUGUGAAUUCCUAGAAAUAAAGCACUUUUGUGUCCUGCA